AUGGCGAGCACUAUACUUAUCACUGGCGCAAACGGCUCGCUAGCCAUCCCUGCUGUCGAGUAUCUCUUGAGAGCAUACCCUCAACACUCCCUUGUUCUCACAGUACGGAACGAUUCUGUAAAAGAUCACAACACAGCAGAGCUUCGCCGUAUUCUGGCUCAACAACCGGAUGCACACGUGUCCAUCCGUGUCCUCGACCUUGCAUCGCUAGAACAGGUCCGUGUCUUCAGCGAUACAAUACUCUCCGAAAUCAACGAUAAGGCUCUACCACGCCUAAGCUCUGUAAUUUGCAAUGCAAUGACCUGGAACUUAUCCGGGGGACCCAAGUACACGAGCGAUGGGUAUGAAGCUUCAAUCGCGGUAAAUUAUCUGGCGCACUUCUCCCUAUGCCUUAGACUUCUAAGUGGAAUGGAUAAUGUGCAUGGACGUAUCGUGUUCCUGGGUAGUGUGGCGCACUGGCCGGAGAAAGCGAGCCUCUCCAGAGGCUAUCCAACCCAGAUACCGGAAGAGCUGGACUUGUUGGUGCAUCCGCAACCAGACAAACAAGGCGAAGAAACAGGGAGAGGCUUCCAGAGAUAUGGAACUAGUAAACUAGUUACCAUCAUGGUGAUGUAUGAGCUCAACCGACGACUCAAGGCAAAGAAAGACACCGAAGCCAUUCGUGCGGUGGCUGUAGAUCCUCUCGAUCUGCUCGAUUCGCGAGCUUUUCGUCAGCCACAUGUCCCGCACCACCUCCAGAUCAUGGCCAGGAUUGUGACGUGGUUGCUGCCCUUGCUGAGGUUCGUCGUUCCUCGACUUAUGAAAGUUGAACAGGCUGCGGGGUCUGUAGUAGAGGUUGCUGUUGCUGAGAAGUUUUCCGGACAAGAGGGCUAUUUUGAAGGAGAACAAAAGGUGAAUAGCUCCCAGAAAGUAUGGAGAUGA